AUGGGAGGAGGAAUGGGAGCGUUUUGGGGAAGUCGGGUGAUGGAGAUUGUGAAGAAGCACGAUUCCGGUGGUCUUGUCUGGAAGAGAAUCAAGCUUACCUCUACUCGUAAAGCCAAUGCCAAAACCCGCCUCCGUCGCGUCUGGCAGAAUGAGGCUGUUCUAAGGGCUUGUGCUGAAUCAGAUGCAUCCAGUUCGUCGAGAGUUAGCAAGACAGAAAGCUGUAGCAGUGAGGCAAAAGAUGAGUAA